GAUGUUGAUCAGCCGAGAAGAGAUCCGAGCUAGGUCAGACGCCAUUGAUUUAGUUUGUAAGUUGUUUUUGUGCACUUGGACUAAAAUAUAGCCGGUGAAAAGUGUUGUAGUUUUCGAAACUUACGUUGAAUAGACACUACUGGUUAUUUGUGGUUCAUUUAAGUGUAUAAGGUUGUUAUUAAGGAUUACUAGUGUUGGAAAUAGGUAAUGUCAGCAGGCGUGUCAGAUCAGCGGAUGAAAGGACAAGGGAAUCAAGUGACAAAUGGCCCCAAGGACCACGUGAAUGAACAUGAGGAUUUUGAUUCAUGGCGAUCUCAGCAUCAUCAGGGUUACAGUACCCCGAUCUCAACGUCGAUGGCUUCAGACCCGUACACAAUGUCCAACUACUACGGGACGUCGUUCCCCUACCAAACAUUCGGCGUGGGCGAUGGAACAUGGUCCAAUGGAGGCGACCCAAUGACAUUCCUAGGAGGGUAUGGAGGACAAAUGGGGCAUGAUUCGUAUGGUAUGGAGGGGAUGUUCGGUGGAGGCGGAGGAGGAUUUGGAGGUGCCUUUGCUCAACCAACUGCCCCUGCUGCCGGCUUCAACUAUUUCCAUAGCAACGGAGAUUACUCUACAUGGGGCAGCUCUGCAGCCAUGUCCAGGAAACCUCAUUAUGAGGACUACUACAGGGGAAGUGAUGCGGGGAUGUACAGUGCAGUGGACACUCUGAAGGGUGUCGAACAAGGCAUGCAAGCUUUGGGAUUAACUGAUCCUAAUGUGAAAGUUAUAGAUGGUAAGACCGACGGGAAAGGUGAUAUGACUGUGCAACAGACUCAGUCAGCUCCCAAGAAGAUGACUUGGGCCUCAAUCGCGAGUCAGCCUGCUAAACCGACCCCUCAAGUUGGUACGGGUGGAAUGAAGAAAAAAGGACCUGGUAUGCCUCCUCCACCCAUGGUGCCGGGAAAACAUAAUAUGGACAUUGGAACAUGGGAAGGUAAAAACGGUGGUGGCGCAACGAUUGGCGUGAAACCGGUAGGACCUCCACCACCUCAAGUGAGACCUACUUGGGCAGGACCUAUUCGUGGAGCAGGACCUCGUGCUGGGGGACCUAAUGGAUUCCCUCCAGGACCUGCACCCCCUCAUCACCAUCCCCACCAAGUAGCUAUACUUGCCCCUCCCCACCACCACCAUCCUCAGCAAGGGCCCAUGAUGGCUGGCCCACCACCUCAUCAGAUAGCUCAGGUUCCUCCUCCUCCUAUGAUUCCUCCUCAACAGCCUGGACCUCCUCCCUCACAUCCCGUAUUAGAUGAAUUACGUGGUAAAAAUAAUUAUAAUCCUGUUGACUUUGACUUAUCUGCAAAGGGUGCAAGAUUUUUCGUUAUAAAAUCCUAUUCGGAGGAUGACAUCCACCGUUCGAUCAAAUAUGAAAUUUGGUGUUCUACAGAACACGGCAACAAGAGACUGGAUCAAGCUUAUCGUGAACGUGAAGGCAAGGGCAUGGUGUAUUUAUUUUUCUCAGUGAACGGUUCUGGCCAUUUCUGUGGAAUGGCAAAAAUGGUUUCUCCUGUGGAUUAUAAUGCUUCAAGCUCCGUUUGGUCACAGGACAAGUGGAAAGGCCAGUUUCGAGUGAGGUGGAUCUAUGUAAAGGACGUGCCUAAUGUUCAACUUCGUCACAUUAGACUUGAAAAUAAUGAAAACAAACCGGUAACUAAUUCACGGGAUACACAAGAGGUACCUUUUGAGAAAGGUAAACAAGUGCUGAAGGUGAUGCAUGUAUUUAGGCAUUCUACAUCAAUAUUUGAUGAUUUUGUGCACUACGAGAAAAGGCAAGAAGAAGAGGAUUCUAGGAAGGAACAACCUCCUCAGCAGUCCUCUCAGCAACAGCAUAGCCCAGUACAGAACGAGCGACCACAGCAGCCUCCACAGCACCACCAUAAGGAACGAGAAGGUGGCAGUGGGGCUGGCCGAGGAGGUAGAGGGGGUGGCAGAGGUGGCGGAGCUCGGAAUAAUUGAAUUGGCCCCUCUCCAUCAAUCUUUAGAUAUAUUAUAUUAAUAAAAGUUAUCGUCAAUAUUAUUUCUAAUUUUACUGUAUUCAGAUGGAGGAGAAGGAAAGCCUAGGUUUUAGUAAAUGCUUGUUCUUUCUCUCCUAAGAGGAUGGCCACUGUUUACCUUUAAAUAUCUAUGUAUUUUUGUUAUUAGCUGUAAUUAUUUAUAAGAAGCUUCCAAUAAAAUUGUUCUUAAUUGCAAUUUCGUGGGUUUAUUAAAUGUAUGCAUGAUAAAAUUAAAUUUGUUUGAUAAUAAUACCAAUAUUAUAGUGACUAACAAUAUUAUAGCAGUCACAAUGAUAGGUAAUUCUUUUGAAAAUAGAGAAAUUUGUUUUACUCCUUCAAGAAACUUACGUAUUAUUAUCUGUCAAACAGUAUUUUGCCGUAAAACUUAAUUAAUCAAGGGGUUUUUAAUAAAUAACUUUAAAAUUCAUAUGCACCAUGAUAGUUAAGAAUGCAUCUUCAUAUUAUUUCAUAUUCAAGAGAGAAAAAUGUGUACAAAUAAUUAAAUAUGAUUUUUAUUAUUACUGUAAUUGAAACAUCAUUUUGUUUGCCUAGUUAAAAUGUGUGUUAUAGUGGACCAACCAACACAAAGGGAAGAGAUUUCGUAUUAUACUGCACUAGUAAACUAUUAAAUUUUAAUGACCCUUAUGUAGUAGAAACUCUGAUAAUCCAAAAGGAAAUUAAGAUAACUCAGUAUAAGAAACGAUUUGAUUAAACUUCAAGUCUUUGGGAAUCAGUGAGCUAUUUUUAAUCACAAAAAUUAUUCUCAGUGUAUCAAAUAUAGAUCAUGUCACAUAAUUUAUUAAAGUUAUUGGGCUAUUGAUAAACUUGAUUGCACAACAUUUUAGUAGUGAAAAAAAACUGGCUGGAAUUAGUGUUUUGUUUGUAACGAUGUAGUACAGUGUUUUCAUACAUUUUAAUAUUAAGUGCUUGGUGGAAGUUUUAUUUUGGUAUAAACAGAGGUUCUAGUAUCAAAUAACAUGAAGUAUAACUUUCAAACCCAUUUUCAUAUACAGUUCAAAUUCAAUUUUCUCAAACUUAUAAUAUAGAUUUUCUCAAUCCAAUGUUGCCAGUUAUAGACUCUUAAACAUUGACUUAAUUAUCACAAUUUUUAAUCUAAGCUCAACCUCACUGUAUACUUAAAUUGGAAUAAUUAUUUGUUUACCUGUUUAAAUUUUUAUUAAUCUGUUGACACAAAUUGUACAUAUAGUGAUUUUUAUAUUAUCAAAAAUUAUUAUUACCUAGUUGUAUUAGAUGUAUUAACAUAACCAAUGUAUGAAAUCAAGGUUUUCUAAUUUUUAAAUUAAAAAAGGUUUUAUAUAAUUGGUAUUCAUAUAAAUAUUUUAAGUGCAACAUAAACUUACUUAAUCAGAAAAUUAUUAUAAUCUUUGUUUUGGUAAACACAUAUUUUAAAAUAUCAAGUUUCUUGUGGGUUUAAAUUUUGCUUCAUUACAUUAUAUCCUAUUAGAUACCUAAACCAUGUUCUAUAAAGUAAAAUAUAUGAAUUACUGUUUGACUAAAGUUUCAGUAAUGUAAUUUUUUACAAUAUAGUACAAUUGUUUUGAAUAGUUUGGCCAUCCUCCUGUCCCACUCAGUGUUGCACCAUUGAUGUCAGCUGGGUGUCAUAUUUAACAGCUAUUUCUCUAUUGUUGGGUUUUGUUGUUGUGUAGCCUUGCACUUGUCUAAGACAUAAUAUGCAAUAGUUUUGACCGAUUCAAGUAAGCAUUUAGUAUUUAAAUUUAUCAGAACUCCUUUUGCAGCUGUAAAUAAAAUUAUUACUGAAAGAAUAAUUAUUAAUUUUUAGAUUCAUGUAAUUAUGGUAUUGUUGAUAGUUUGCCUUUUUUAUAAAUUUUCAAAAUAUUUCAAUUCCAAUUAUUUAUUAAAUUAUUAAAUUUUGUUAAAUAUAGAUGUUGUUAUACAUGUUAUAAAUGAAAGUAACAGAAUAUACUAUCAUUUACUUAUUUAUAUUUGUUAAAGUUAAACUAAAUACAUAGCAAACUGGUGAUGUUUAGUACACAGAGAUGUUUCAUUGGGAUAGGCUUAGUAUGUUUAAAAUUAUUUCAAAAUUUACAAAAUUAACAACAUUAAUUUAUUGUAAUAGUUAAUUUCAAUUUUGGAAAACUUGAGGGUCAUUGUAAAUAGUGUUAGCAUAUGUUUUAUCAUACAAAUUUUAGUUUCAAGGUCCAGAUUGUGUUAAUAAUAAAUGAUUUACCCUUGUUAGCACUAAUUUUAUUAUAAAAUUUCACAUUGGUUUGAUAAAUUGACUUGGUUUGUUUAUAUAUUUUAUGCUGCAAAAGGAGAUUGUUCUUUGUGUCUGAUACAGAUUGUUAAGUUUCUUUGUUUGGCUACAUUAUUUUGUUUAAUUUCUGUUAAUCAUCUUAUUACUUGGCGUAAUAUUGUUCUAUAAUUUGUUUAAUGGUAUUGGUUGGUUUGUGUUUUAAAAUGAUUUAAUAUUAUUAUUAGAAAAUUGUGAAUUUUAGAAUCGCAUUAUUGCUAGUCUUAUGAUUGAGUUUUGACAACAUGUACUACCUAUUAUUACUUUAUUCAAUGCAAUUAUUUUAGGAAGAAUUUAUUUUUUGUAAUCUCACCAAUUAUAAUAGUUACACGGUUUUGUGAAAGUGACAACCUCUCUGAAGUAAGUAGUUUGAGAUCAGCGUACAUGUUGUCAAUACUGAUCACAAGGGUAGCUGUUAGUUGUAUAGAGCGUCAGAUUGUAAAGUGCAGUGAUGUGACUGAAGUGCAGUUAAAGAACUUCACCAAAGUGAAACCGUUAUUUUUCUUUCAAUAAUUGAAAAAGGACAGUGAAACAAGUUGAAACAUUUUAAAACAAUUUGGCAAACAACAGGACAGUGAGCCAGUAACGGAACCGAAGCCUUCAUUCUCAGACACAGUUUCAGUGCUAGUGUUUCUUUAACUUUGAACUUUACAUUGGAGUGUACCAUAAAAACUUUAGAACUUUGUUUGGUAACUAGAGGUGUAAGUGGACUUAUACGGAAUGAUAUGUAAUAAAUAAUUUAAGACUGCUAAUACGGCGUAACUAAACACUUUAAAAUUCAAUUUCAUAUGAAAUAUCUGGACUCUACCUCUUCUAUUGAAGUGAGCUUCGGUAAGAUUUGAGAAAGACGUUAAAUGCAAAAUCACGUUAUAAAAUGUUUUGAUGGUUUUAAACAAACAUGUAUGGAACACUUGCGAUAAAGAGUAACCAUACUGGAAUGUAUGUCGUUUGUAAAAUAAACAAUUGAAUUAUUUUUACUAGUAUGAUUUGUACUUAGUGCGCAAGGUUAUUUCAGUUAAAUUUUAUAAAUAAAUUGACAAUUAAUUUGUAAGGCGUGACGUCAAUUUGGUGUGAACUAAAUGAAUUUAUAUAUUUAUAUAUAUUUUGAGUGUAAAUAUUUUAACAGAAUAAUAUAUUUUGUUGUUGGUGAUUAAAAGGAUUUGAUUAGUAGUAACCUUAAUCUUGUUGGCUGUUGUAAGAUUUGUUUAAUUGAAAAACCAGCCUCUGCCAUGUUUUUUUUCUUUUCCUAAAUAAUUGAAAUAAAAUCUGUUACUUGUGAAGACUGUUUCAAUUAUAUGUUUAUUUCAUUAAUAAUUAUUGCUCUGGAAUUCUAUUAUUUUAUACUUUUGGUAAUCUGCAUAAGUCACAAUCAUUAUGAACAAAAUUUUAGAUUAUAUACACACAUAAUAAAUCAUAUUUAGCAUUAUUUAUGUAAAAAUGUGUUGAAACAGACCAUUAAAAUAGUAGGUAUGUGUAGGUACUGGGGCUGUCUAGCUAAUACGAAUCUAAUGUAAUUUCACUCAAGGGUUUCAUAUAAUUUGAGUGAAAAAAACAUUUUUACUGUUGUAUUUAUGUAUUUAAUUUAACACUCACAAGACGAUGGGUAGUGUUCUACUUGUAGUCUGAUCUUGCAAAAUGACAUAUACUUUUUAUUAUUCAACGAGCAAGCAGAAGUAGUACGGACAUUUGCAAUCUUUUAAUUUUAUAUUUUCAAUUUUUUUUAUUUAAGUUCCUUGAUUGUUCACAUCGUUCUUCCUUCAGGUUUGCUUAUUAAAUUCCUAAUGUAUGAUUUAACAUAAUGGGAAAAUAAAUAGUUUAAAAACUAAAUCUGGAUAUAAAGGAGGCUUGUUUAAUCAUUUUUACUAACAUCAAACGCUGCUUUAUCCUUAUUCAAUGAAAUCUGUACUAUCAUAGUCUUGAAGAAAAUUGUAUUCAUGUAUCCUCUGGUGUUGACUGAAGUCCUUCAAUUAACAAUUUUUCGUGGGUGAUGUCAGGUUUCUGAUUUAUUCUCCUUUACUACUUUUUAAAAUGUUUAGUAAUUUAGUCACUAAAAGAGUUGAAGUUUUUCACAUUUAUCGAAAAUUAUGUACAUGGAACUGUAUACUUAUUGGUAAUAGCUUUGUAUUCAGUUAUUAAAAUAUUGUAAUGCAACCACAGAUUAGCUUGUUAUAUGAAAGGGCAGUCGUAAAGAUGGUUUAAUUCUCUAAACGUUUGGGUGCAUUUUCCCUGAUAAGUACACUUCCUGCCACAAGAAUUUACUUUUUUUUAGUUCAUGUUAAUUACAUUUUUUUUAUAUUGCCAGUUACACUUUCCAGUACGAAUUGACUUAAUUCUUCUAAACUAGUACUGAUAAAAACUUCAAUUCUCACAUAAAUUAUCAAUGUGAGGAUCAAUAUAAAUUUUUUUAUAAUUGUAAUGCCAUAAUAUUUCAUGCAAUUAGUGUUUUGUAAUUUAUUAAAGAAAUGAUGAAGAUAGUGCAAUAACAUCUUACUUGAUGAAUAAGAUUGACAGUGUGGUUUUGACUGUUUUGCUAUUGUCUAAAAGUACUUGACAAACAUUUGCAUGAAAUGGUUUAUAAAUUCAUGAUUUAACUUAAUAUGAAAUAAUAUGUGACUGUUUACUACCAUUUCCUAAAAUUCACGUCACAAACCAAUUUUUCAAAUCUGAUUUUUAUUAUUGAGAUUGAUUUUGGGUUUUAAGUAUUUCAAAGAUCUAAAGUAAAUUUUUUUAAAUAGUGUGGAUUUCAAGAUCAUUCUUUGAUUAGCAGGUAACUGUAAGGAUGAAUGUAAAAUGUAGUAAACACUGAAUUAUAUGUAAUAUAAAAUAACAUACAAUUAGGUAAUAACUGAUUUUAAGAAUACAAUAUAAUCAUAAGUUUUAAAUCCAUCUGUCAUUGCUUUUCAGCAGAAGGGAAUAGAAUACAGAGCAAUAAAUUACCAUAUUUCAUGGCCUUCAUACUAAAGAUAAACUUGGAGAUGUAAUUGUAGUCACACUUUCAUAAAUGUCAUGCUCUAGGCUGAACACUUCUCUGAACAUUUGGUUCUAUUGUAUUUCAAGUACAUUAGGUUCUAGUUUAAGAAUCAUGUGCUCACUCAAAGAUAAAAGUUCAUCCGUUACUAUAUUUAUUUCUUUUAAUUUUAAUUCCACAUAACGUAUAAUUUUAAAUUACUGAUUCCAUUUUAUUCUUUUUUUAGGCAUGGAAUUGGCAUGAUAUCUAAACUCAAUAAAAAACUAGAUCCUCUCAAUUCUUUCUAAUAACUUAUCUUCCACAGAGAUCUGGUCAUGUUACAUUGAUAUAAUGAGAUUUUGUUUAAAUGUAUUGUUUUUUUAGAGUAAAUCUGUUACAUCUGGAUAAUGUUAACCCUCCGGCUUAAGUGGCACACCAAAUCGACGUUUUCAAUGGACUUUAAAUCGUUAUCCUGUACAGUUAUUUAUUGAGCAAAGCAUAAAAUAUACGUAGAGAUCAAAAUGUUGUUUUUUGAAAACACUUUUAUUUUAUGCCACUCGAACAAAACAUUUAAUUUUUUUAUGUUAUAAAAGAAAAUAAAAACUUAUGUAUACAUUUUUUUUACAAAUGAAAUAUAAUAUACAAGAUAAAUAAUAUAAUAUACAAGUCAACAUGAAAGUAGUGUCUACUCUGAAUCAUCUGCUCUUCCAUCUCGCAUUUUUAUUCCUUCAGUAUACUAUUUUGCAAUAAUUAAUUAGGUGGCAAUUUGCAAUUCAUUUUGUAUCAUAACAGAAGACUAGAAAUGUUAACCAAACAGCUGCCGAAUUUGUCACUUGCUCUCUUUAAGUAGUGAGCUUUAAGUGGCAGGUAAUAGAAGGAAUAUUUGUACACAUAUAAAAAUGAAUGCAGUAAUAGAACGCAUAGAAUCUUCGGGAUAAAAUUAUUUAAAUUUAAUCCGAUUUAAGGUAUGUUUAUCAAAAUUAUUACAUAAUUAAGAGAUGAUGUUAAAAGCAUUACAAAAGCUAGUUCAAAAAAGAUUAAAAUACUUCAGAAGAAUAACGCCAGAUAUGCAAUUGUAAUAUAAAAAACCGUGUUACAACAAACUCAUUACCGUUAUUGUGGUUUACUUUUUAAGACACUACAUAAUAAUGAAAAUGUUAAAUACUUCGCUACAACUAUUACGCUUUAAAUUUUUUGUUUUUAUAAUACAGUAAAUAUUUAUCCUAUUCCAAACUCUAAAACUAAAUUACUGUGCUGGAUGUGUCUUUGUAACUGUAUAAGUACGGUGCAAUAAACAAAAUUCAAAAAAUUAUAUAUAUAAUUUUAUUUUAGAACUAAAUAUGAAACCAUUAUUUAUGUACAAUAUUUAAAAUCUUGACUUAUUUAAUAAGUAAAAAGAAGACAGCGCAAAUGUUUCUAAAAAAUAAAGCAGGCAAAGUCGUUGAAAGGGUAAAACUAAACUCAUGUCUCUCUUACACUCUUCUCCAGCCUGUCCCAUCCAUCCACUUGUGAGGGAAAUUGAUUUAGCUUACUCAUAGAGCUUAAAUUUACAAAAUUUUGUUUACUGUUUUUUUUUUUUAAGAAAUUUGUAUUUUAAUGUUACAUUACACAUUUUUCAAAUCUUGUAGUUGUAGAAUUAAUACAGAGUAAUAUUAGGUUAUUAAUCUUCUGUGUAAUCACAUUAUUAAAUAGCUUGAGAAUUAUUGAUGCAAGUUCCAAAAAUGAUGCAAUAAGAAGAUAGGAUCUCAGUGAUGAAACAGUGACAAAAGGCCCCUUUAUGUAUUAUUGUACGACAAAACUCAAUUCAAACUCACUGUUUUCAUUCAGUUGGGUGCUAUUUUGUUUCAUUAUAAUAUAUAUUAUAUAAAACCAUAAUAUUAGACUAUAUUACGUUCUUAUGCAUAAGUUAUCAAUGCGAUAUUUUUGGCAUAGACAUUUUUCUAAAAGUAAGUGUAAAAUCGUAAUAACUUACCAAGUGAUAUCCAAAGGGACCAAAAAUGCUUUAGGUGAUUUGAUUUUUAUAUGGUUCUGUCUAUGAAAUGCAACUAUCUGGACGUAUAGCAGAGUGGUGUGGCACAACACUGUGGCGUUUAUUCCACAUAAAAGUUGCAGAAAAAUAUUGUUUUUAAUUUUAAUAUGGAAAAUAUCAGACAUUCGUUUACAAAGGACAUUUUAAGCAUCCAUAUGUGUACGUGUUUCACAGACACUGUCCAGACAGUAGUCCUGCAUUUACAGGCUGAACGGAGGUAACAGAAAGUAGGUAUACUUCAUAGAGAACAAGUUUGGAAAUAUUCAAAGAUGGUAGCACAACUGUCCAGAUACUGUAGGUGAGUCAUGAGACAACCCCUGGCCUAGUACACGAUGCAGCUGUGUAUUGUAGUGUUAUCAGUUAUUUUGCAUGCAUUUAAGUCAGUAAUUAUGUCUGCGACAUUAAUGCACACAAUAUUAGUUCGUCUCAAGAGAGGUGAUUAGCGCCUUUAAUUUACCGUUAUGCAAUAAGGGCAGGGGUCAUUUCGUGACUCGCCUACAGUAGACACUUGCUGUUUUGGAAUGGAAACGCUACUGUCCGAACAGUAGCCUGCCGUGGCUUUUUAUCAACUAAAUUAAUUUUAAUUGCAACUGAAAUGAAGGUGAGAAAAGUCUCGUGUCGCUUUGUCACUGUUGUGAUUAGUUCUUGUGCUCUUAUUCCCCUCUCCAUUGUAGUUUUAAAAGUUACAUUGGAAUAGUAGCUCUUGCUGGAACCAUAAGGAGUACUUGUGGUUGUUGACCUUUACAGUACAACUGUUCAGUGUUUUUCAACAUCCUCCAUCAGCUCUAGUAGUGGCAGGUAUCUAUCUUUUGUGCAACUUAUGGGAGUGCUUUCACUAUUUCUUGUGUUCCAGUAUAAAAAUCAUUUAUCGACAUGAUUCAGGUACCAUAUCAAACAUUAGUUUCUGUUUUGUGUACUGCUUCUUGAUAUACACAAAACACACAAAUCACAUGGUUAUAAAGCCGCAUUUACUCUGAUUAAUAAACUUUGUAGUGUUACACAGUGCUCUGUCUACCAGAUAUUGAGCUUAGGAGCUGGCUGUGUUGGAACAACAUUGAGUAACUGAUUUUUCCCCAAAAAAUAAUUUUAAACCUAUUACACUUUUACUUCCUUAAUUUUGAUUCUAGUAUUAUGGGAGAUGUCUCGUUUUAAAGAUAUAAUGUGCAUUUAAAUGUUUUUUUUUUCUUGUAAAGUAUUUGUUUAAACAAUGAAGUACAAAAAUGUCUAAUCCCUUUUUUGCAUUAAUGUAAAAAUAUUGAAAAAGUUAAAAAAAACAAGUGGAUGCGUAUUAAAUAUAUCAUUAACAUUUACCACUAAAAAUAAUGUAAAAGUGCUGUGUUGCUUGGCGGUAAGAUCACCGCCAGCUCAGUCAGAGCAGUGGGCUCUUUAUGUGCUUUAUGAUCGUUAAUUAAUGUUAGUAUUUUUAUUUAAUGUUAUACAGAAUGUAAUAUCUUUUCUGGAGUGUAAAAACACAUUUGUUGCCAAUAUAAAUAAUUAUUGUUUUAGUCUACUAAAUCCAAUGAAAAUAGUUGUUUUAUUUCCUGUUAUUUCUGUAACUGUUUAUAAACAAUUAUUACUGUAUGAACAACCAGACAAUUAAAAUAUUAUUUAGUGUAAAUAAAAACACUAAAUAACUAGCUUGACUCUUUUCUUCUGAUAGUCCUCAUGGUAGGUUUAGUGUAUGAACAUGGACAACCUAGAUUGUGUGAGCGCCAUGUAUUUUCAGCCAUAGGCUUGGUUUACUUUCAUAUAUUGCUAUAAAUGUAUAUGUUUUAAAAAAAACAUAAUAGCAACUUUUGGCUACCUUAGAUUAGCAACGUUCUAAAACUACAACAUUUCAAACCCAUGACUGCCACUACAAGGGGAUAAGUUGACAUUUUGUUUUUUACGCAGUGUGUUUAUUAGGACUGACAUAUUCUAAGUGUCUUUAACUUUGGAAAGGGAAUUAAUUCCAUAUUCAAACAUUCAAUAAGAAUAUGUUUAUUGCCAUAAAGUUUACACAAGCAUUGAUAUGAGUCAUGUUUAAAUAUAAAAACUAGCAGAAGCCCAGAUAGACAAAUUUAAUAGCCAAAUCGCGAAGUUGCCAAAACAAUCAUGCGACAAGGUAAAUAUUAUUUUAAAAUUUAAAUAAAUAACAGGAAUAUAACAUAUAAAUAAAAUAAAACACAGCCUCAUAAACUAAAAUAACAGAAUUAUAUAAUACUUGUACACUAAAAAAUAUAGUAUGUAUAAAUAAAAAGUCAAUUCAAUUAUAAUUCAUUUUAGUGAAAGAUUAAUUAGGUGGUGCUAUCUUUAUAUAAAUAUAAAGUAACAAAAAACCUUAAAUCGUCAGAAGCUAGGGGCUUUCAAUUUAAAAAUAAUACAGACUGAAACAUUACCUGUAAGUAUGUAUAAGGAUUGCAUAAGUGACAUACAUGGUAUGUCCUGCAUGUGACAACUGCUGACAUAUUCACAUCUUAUGUUUAAAGAAUGUUUAAACAAGAUAAUUAGAAUAAUUGUAACAAAUUCUUAAAUGUCUACUCUAGGUUUUGACAUCCUGAGUAUGCCAUGAAAUUAUUUAUACUUUUGUAGAUAUAUUAUACUUUACUUAAAUAAUUCAAUUUGAGUUAGUUGUAUAAAAUACUAAUUCAACUCAAUUACUACAAAGGACCCAUUUUGCUAUUAUUCCUUAUGCCUAUAAGUUAUGUUUGACUAUGAAAAAGACACAGUAUUUAUUAUAUAAAACCCAUUUAGCGAUCAAUUAUAAAUCUCCAGCAGUAUUUUAAUCCUCCAUUAUCAAAUAUAAACAUUAAAUAUAAUUUUUCAGCAACUUAAAUAUAUUAAGAUUGUCAUAUUGUCAAUUCCCUUUGGUUUAAAACAAUGUAAAUACUUAGAUUGUCUAUGAAAUUAUGGCACCUUUUGUAAAUAAUUAUAUAAUUUUCUUUCAUUUAUUACUAUUAUACAUUUUUUGAAACGUAAAUGUUAGAAGUAGUUGGGGAAAUCCAGUCUGUUUUAUAGUAAUGAGGAGGGAAACAUAUUUUUUAUUUAUUGUAAUUAUUUAAAUUUUGUAAGAAUUUUAUGGUUGUUUUUUGAAUAGUUUAGAACUCUUUUGAUUAAUUCAAAUUAUAAUUUAUUACAUAAAAACAUGAUUUUGCGGGACUGUAUUUUAAAGCUCUAAUUUUAAUAAUAUAUUAUUUAGAAAGUUCAAAAAGUAAAGUAAGAAUUUAUGUUUAUGAUCCACAAAUUUCAAGUAAUGUUACUUGGAAAUUGCAUUGGAAAUCAAAUUAAUAAAGUAUCUUUAUACUAAAUCCAGAUAUUAAUUUUGUCAUAAAUGUUGGGUUACCAAUUAUCCAGAGUAAGUAAUAUAGUGGUCUUAAAAUUAAACUAGCAAAGCUUGUAUUAAUUGAUUAGUUUAUUAUAUAGCUUGAGCAUAUUUUUGAAAUGGUUGACAUUCUCAUAAUAGUUUCAUUAACAUAUUGAGUAUAUCCACUAAUACUGGUAAAUCUGAAGAUAGUUAAUUGAACCAGUUUUAUUUUGGAAUUUUGAAGAAAGUAAUUCUUUUGUUGCUCACAUUUAAAUAUGUUUCACCUUAUUUACGCUAUAUGCAGGUUUUGUGGGAUCUGUUAUGUUAAUUUUAUUCAAUGUUGAAUUGACAUAAAGAAACCUUUUAUUUCAAAGUAUCUAUUUAUUUGUAAUAUUUUACUCACAUUAACAUUUUAUCUUCAAGACAAGAAUUAUUAAAAAUUGUUGUUAUGUGGUACUAAUUAUUCAUCUUUUAACGUCUUUUAAGAAAAGGUUUGAAAAAUUAACACAUGUAAAUUAUCACACUUAUUUUAUGAUCAAUGGAACAUAAACAUCAUUGUCAUCUGACUUCGGCAGGUAGAAUUUGUGUAAUUAUUUUAAAUGUUGAAUGAAUUAAGAUUGCGUUUCUAUUUUCUGCACUUUUUAGACCAUUUUAUGUGUACAUUGUGAAAGCUCUAAAUUUGUGGUAUCUUCUUUUGUUUGCUAGAGUUUUAAAGGUUGUCAGAAAUUUAUGAUCCAAAAAUGUAUCUGUAAGCUUUAAUAAUAAAUUAGUAAGUCUCACCAUUUAUUAAUAAUAUGAUCCUCCCACUGAUGUAAUAUGGCUUCGUUACUCUAGUCUAAUGUAAUAAAGUUUUCAAUAAGCAUUCAAUUUUUAUAAAUUUAAAUUAAAUCUUGAUGUAUAUUUUUCUAAGUUUUAAUAUUAUUAUGUAAAAUGUAAUAUUACACAUUUCUGUAUUAGUUUUGUACUCUUAUCAAUAAUUUACCAAAUAUUUAACUGUAGUCUAAUCGUCUACAGAGAAAUUCCACUGUUAGUAGUUUGAUAGUUUUAUAUAACUGGAAUAUUUUCCAUUACCUUAUUUUAUUUUAAUAAGAGUCUGAUGCGAUAAAAGUUUUAAUUUUCUAAUACAGAUGAAUGAAGGUAGGAGUUCAAAAUCAAAUUGAUGUCCGCCUUAGACUUGCACAGUUUGAUGCUGGUGCGUACAGCCAAUAGACGGGGACUUGUUGACUAUGAGAAUUAAAGAUUGUAAUACCAA